AUGGCACUUCCCUUGAGAAACCAUAGUUCUGUGACCACAUUCAUCUUGAUGGGUUUCUCAGAGUACCCGCACCUUCAGGCACCCCUUUUCCUCUUAUUUCUAGCCAUUUACACAGUCACUCUGGUCGGUAACAUGGGCAUCAUCGUGGUAAGAAGGAUCAAUCCCAAGCUUCACACACCCAUGUACUUUUUCCUCAGUCACCUUUCAUUUUUGGAUCUCUGCUAUUCUAGUGUGUUUACACCCAAACUGUUAGAUAUCCUGAUUGUGGAAGACAGGACUAUCUCCUUCAAAGGAUGCUUGACACAGUUUUUCUUUAUUUGUGCAUUUGUGAUUACAGAAAUGUUUAUGUUAGCAGUGAUGGCCUAUGACAGGUUUGUCGCUGUUUGUAACCCCCUGCUUUACAGAGUUGUAAUGUCUCCUAAGCUCUGUGCUGUACUAAUAGCCGGACCUUAUAUGUGGGGUGGACUGUGUUCCUUGACUAUCACAUACUCUCUUUAUCAACUUUCUUACUGUGGAUCUAACAUCAUAAAUCACUUUGGCUGUGAAUACUCUGCCAUCCUCUCUUUGUCCUGCUCUGACUCGACCUUUAGCCAAAUAAUAUGUUUAAUAAUUUCUAUAUUCAAUGAGACUUGCAGCCUCCUGAUCAUCUUGGCCUCCUAUAUCUUCAUAGUUGUGACUCUCAUCAAGAUGCCUUCUAAGGGUGGACUUCAAAAGGCCUUCUCUACAUGCUCCUCCCACCUGACUGCCAUCACCAUCUUCCAUGGGAUCAUUCUCCUUCUCUACUGUGUUCCCAACUCCAAAAACUCAUGGCUGUUAGUUAAAGUAGCUACUCUGCUGUUCACAGUCAUGAUUCCUAUGCUGAACCCACUCAUCUACAGUCUUAGGAACAAGGAUGUGAAAGACACAGUCAGAAGACUCAUCAGCUUUAAACCACAUUCGCAGGCAAUAUAA